GAAAAAUUAAUUGGUUGCAAAACGGUAAAGAAAGGUGUCAGUAAUUAUAGCAGUUUUCACAAAAGACCAUCCAAUAUUGCGGGGAGACUUCCAUGCACACUCACAGUGUGUAGUUUGCGGUUAAAGUGAAAGUUUAUUACGCCUAAAAUCGAGUGAAAAACUGCGGCGCAGGCGAACAACUCCCAGUUUUUCUUCGUUUUUACUGUAGCCGAGUAGCAACAAAGGCAAUGUCUUCGUUGUCUGCAUCAGCUGAAAAUGUGUCCACAUUAGGAGUGGGCGGUGGUGGCCAGGACUCCAACUCACACCAUGGCUCUGAUGGCGGAUCCAGUAUGUGUCUGGAAUUGGCGCUGGAGGGUGAGCGGCUCUGUAAGGCUGGCGAUUGUCGUGCAGGCGUCGCCUUUUUUCAGGCAGCCAUUCAGGCGGGUACGGAUGAUUUGCGGACACUUUCGGCCAUAUACUCACAGCUGGGCAACGCCUACUUCUAUUUGGGCGACUACACCAAAGCCAUGCAGUACCACAAGCACGACUUAACAUUGGCUAAAUCUAUGAAUGAUAAACUGGGCGAGGCUAAAUCUUCGGGAAAUCUAGGCAACACACUUAAGGUUAUGGGCCGGUUCGAUGAAGCGGCCAUCUGUUGCGAGCGCCACCUGACGUUGGCGCGGCAGUUGGGAGACCGAUUAUCAGAGGGUCGUGCGCUCUACAAUUUAGGAAAUGUUUACCACGCCAAAGGCAAGCAUAUGGGGCAGCGAAAUCCAGGAAAAUUCGGUGAUGAUGUGAAGGAGGCUCUGGGAAAAGCAGUGGAAUUUUAUCAGGAGAAUCUAAAGCUAAUGAGAGAUUUGGGCGACCGUGGCGCGCAAGGACGCGCGUGCGGAAAUUUGGGCAACACAUACUACUUGCUUGGUGAUUUCCAGGCCGCCAUCGAGCAUCAUCAGGAGCGUCUUCGCAUUGCCCGGGAAUUUGGGGAUCGCGCAGCCGAGCGGCGAGCCAACAGCAAUCUUGGCAACUCACACAUCUUUCUUGGCCAGUUCGAGGAGGCUGCCGAACACUACAAACGCACACUGGCGUUGGCUAUCGAGUUGGGCGAACGUGAAGUAGAGGCGCAAUCGUGCUACAGUUUGGGUAACACAUAUACGCUGCUCCAUGAGUUCACUACAGCCAUUGAAUACCAUCAUCGACAUUUGGCCAUAGCCCAGGAACUGGGCGAUCGAAUCGGUGAGGCUCGUGCCUGCUGGUCAUUGGGAAAUGCCCAUUCGGCCAUUGGCAAUCAUGACAAGGCGCUCCAAUUUGCUGAAUCGCAUCUGCAGCUAGCCAAGGAGCUACACGAUCCUGUGGGCGAGAGCACAGCACGCGUUAAUAUUUCCGAUUUAAGGAAACUGCUCGGUUUGCCCGAAGCUGUGCAGACGCCCACCGAUGGUGAAGAUCGUUCCAGCGCAUCGGACCAUUCGGCCAGCGGUCAUCAAUCAGACUGCUCGGAAAGCUCACAAGGACGUAUGAUUCGCGUGCGUCGCCAGAGCAUGGAACAGCUGGAUCUGAUUAAGAUAACUCCCGACGGCAAGCGUUUGCAGGAGGAGAAGAAACACAAAGCUGGCGGUGGCGGCGACACAAAACCCAAAGAGGAUGACUUUUUCGAAAUGCUCUCGCGUUCUCAGUCCAAGCGCAUGGAUGACCAGCGCUGCUCCAUUAAAAUUCAACGCACAGGAGCUGCACCUGCAGCUGCAGCGGUUGCCACAGGAGCCACACGCAAACCGCUGGUGCAGCAGAAUUCGCUGUUUGCUGAUCCCGGCAAUUUGCCGGGCCUAAAGUCGCCAACAUCGGCCACUCCCAGUGGUGCUCAUGCGCCGCUGGCAAGGAGUGCCACCACCACGCAGCAACCGGACGAUGCUUUUCUCGACAUGCUUAUGCGCUGUCAAGGCUCUAGACUGGAGGAACAGCGCUCGGAAUUGCCACGACCAAAUGUUACAAUGGAUGCGGAGGCACCGCAGCCGCAAGCGCCAGAGGCAGCCGCUGUGGGCGGUGGCCGCGGUCGUUCGGGUCGCGGCACAACCGUACCCGACGAGGAUUUCUUCUCGCUCAUCAUGAAAGUACAGAGCGGUCGCAUGGAGGAUCAACGUGCAGCCAUUCCUUUUGGCGGUUUCAACAACCUUCAGCGGAACAACAACAAUAACAACAACAAUGGCAGCAACAAUGGAGACGCCUCUAAGUAAGGUCUGGCGUAGAGCCUGACUCUUACAAUUUGUUAUACGUACCAUUUAUAUAAGCCAUUGCCGGGCCUUUGCCCAGCAGCUAACAAUGAUUUUUGUGUAAAAUCUAACUUAAGUUUUAGUAACUAAUCCAUAACCAAAUAGUUUAUGCAGCUCAACUUCCAUUGGAUGCAUUCACAAGUCAUCUAAAACCGAAUGACUCACUCACUGGCAUACUCGUACACUGGCUAGCUACUAUAUACAAAUACAUAUACAUAUUCAUAUACAUACAGUACAUACACGUAUACAAUGCAUACAUAAUACAGUACUCACUUAGUUGUUAAACAAUCUGCACGCAUGCUUUUUGAAAUGACUCUGCACACAUAUUCGCAUAUCUUUUGAGUCUCCAAGGCCAAUUUUAAAGAUAUUACAUUUUUAAUUGCAUGUUAAGUAGCUUAAGCCAAAUGUUUACAUUCACUGCAAUAGUUCAAUUUGCUCAAUAUCUUAAACUUUUUUAAACUUACUGUCGCCCUAACACACCUAACAUUUCGUUCAUUUUAAUAUUAUUGUAUUUGUAAAUGAUAUUUUUUUAAGUUAUACAAAUGUAAGUUUAUACGCGCAAAUCUUUGCUACUUUUGUGUUCUAAAACAUCUGUCUCUUUAUCCUUGACUAAUUAUGUAUCUAUCUUGUAAAAUGGUUAUGUUCGAAAAGGAUACAAUUUUGUACAUUUUUCGCAUGGGAAAUUAUUUUUAUAUUUUUGUUAAAAACCCCUCGAAUGAAUGAAUGAUCGAAUGAAGCUCAGCCAGAAAGUUCAAUUCAAUAAGAAGAGAUAAUAGAAUCUAUAUAUAAAAAUCUCAAUUUUCUCAUUUGAAAACAGGUCGAUAAUUAUGCUAAAUAAAUGAACAUUGGCUACCACAUUUGAGAUUAAUGAUUCAUAUUUCUCAUAAGUAGAUCUGAGGUCCAGUGAUUCAAAAAUUACUGAAAAAUAUGAAGAGUUAUUGAAAUAUGUGAAUAUUAAUUGGUAUUCUUUAGUAUUUACAAAUAGUUUUGAGUAGUUUUUCAGGUAUUCCCCAAAAAUAAAGUGUUUGCUGACCUUAGCUUUCUAUUUGCGUGUAUAAACUUACAAUUAGUUGAACUCUUUAUACCUUGUAUGUAAGGCUCGAACAAUGAAUGCCAAUAUCGCAAAUGCAUUUUCAAAAACUUUCCAAUUGUAUCUAUGAGUAUUGCAUUUUCUAUUGAAACCAAUUAUAUCUAUAACUCUAAGCAAAUGUUGAUUGAGAACAAAAUUAUACAAACAACUCACAUUCUUGAGAUAUUAGCAGCGUGCGUUUUGGAUACUUUAUAUCCAGCGGCACUUAGCAUUAGCAUACAUAUACACAUACUACAUAAAUAUACAAAUGAAUAUACAAAUAACUUUCUAUAUAGUUGUUACAAACACACACACACACACACUCCAAAACUUUUUGCCUAGGUGCGCGCAAAUUUUGAAACUGAGAAGCGAUCGAUGUUUGGAAAUGAAAAACUGAGUUGCAUGUAAUGAAGCCAAAAUUUAUUAAUACAUAUAUACAUACUUGUACGUUUAUGGAUAAUGAUUAUGAUUAUGAUGAUAAUCAAUUGUCGUCGCUGAUAAUAUAAUGUAUUACAAGAUAUUAAAAUCAAAACUGUUUUUGCUGACAAAAAUGAAAUAGCAUUUAUCUAUUUUCAAUUAAUUGGU